CCAGUAGUACCAUAGUGCCAGUGUUAAAAUCCAUUACUCGCCACUUCCAGUUGGUAUUAUUUAAAUAAUCUUUUUAGAGAUCGAUUGUAAGCAAUGACAAACAAAAUUAUUGAGUCUGGAAUUUUGUACGUAAUCGGUGACACUGAAAAAUGCUAUUACGUGACCAUGCAAGUGUAUCACGGGUCAGUGUAGUUCAUUGUCCGUGAACUUUUCUAUCUAUACUCGAUACUGAAUGCCAACGUGAGAAGCAUACUCGUGAUCGUUAAGACCGAUGUCUGAGAACUGACGCAAGUGUCGACGGAAAUUGUAGAGAUAAACGUGCAGAAGCGAAACAGAAAGUAUCGUCAUUCACCUCACCCCACGCAUCAGGCAUAGAGUCUUAGCAAAUAGGUUCGGAAUAGAUCUCACUUUGACCCGUAUAAUUAGCUCUUAUUGUGCGGAGUUACGUAGAAUCACUUGACUCAAUUCCGCGAUCACGAUAUCAGCCUAGUCCUGAUUGGUUAUCCGCGCUCGUAGAAGGAGGCAAAACGGUCACGAAGCUCAAAGCUCAGAGCUCGAAGUCCUUCAAAGAGGAUACGUCCACUAAGAUGAUCCUCAUUCGCAUACGACCCUUGUACACCACUUAUCGAUUCUUCAUAUCCAUACUUCCUCUCCAUUGAGUACAGUAUCUAUCAGACCUCCGAAAUUGUCUCUAUAAACGUUCCACCAAGCCAUUCUCUGAACAUUCAUUCUCAAGGAAGAAUCCUUCGCUUGAAGAGAUCGAUCAGCGCCGAUAGAGGUUACAUUAAUAGAAACUUUCACAGUAUCGAGACUGGGUCACGCCUGUCAUCGAGACACUUCCAACCGCUCUUUGUUUAAACAGCGAAUUGACUCCGCAAUUGUCGCGUCGUAAUCAAAACGAACUUCGCGGAACAUGUCAGUGCCGAUUGUUCGUCGGCCGAGUGCGUAUCCAGCUGCGAGCCACGAUGGAGAAGAACUGCGGCCAAGCCGACGCGUCUGACCUCAGGCUGCGCGUCAGGCAGCUGCUUACUGCUCUGAGUCCUCUGUUGGGCAUCUUCUUGGUCGGUUUGGCGUCGGGAUACAGCGCCGUGCUCCUGCCUCAACUGAAAGUCUCGACCGAUGACGAGGACUUCGAACGACCCACCGUCAACGAGCAAUCCUGGAUAGCCUCUUCGCCGAUCCCGUCGAUGGCGCCCGGAUGUUGGCUAUCUGGCGUGAUGCUAGAAAAGAUAGGCAGGAGGAAGUCCACGGCGCUGGCGUACCCUCUGUUCUUCAUUGGAUGGGCGACGAUCGGUUUCGCCCCCGACAUCGCGAGUCUUCUGGUCGGAAGAAUAAUCACCGGCUUCUGUUCCGGGAUCAUGGGCGCCGUGACGCCUAUCUACAUCGGCGAGACGUCGGAUCCCGACUUACGCGGCAUGCUGCUGAACAUGGUCAUCCUAACCCUGUCGUUCGGGAUCCUAGCCGUCCACGCUCUGGGAACUUGGCUCUACUGGAGGACGACGGCGUACAUCUGCGCGGGAUUCGCGGCUAUCAGUUCGCUGAUUUGCAUCGCAGCCAAGGAGAGUCCCACGUGGCUGAUAAACAAAGGUCGUACGGAUCAAGCACGGGAGUCAUGGAUAUACUUACGCGGAUGGAAGUCAUUGGACGAGUAUCAGGCUUUGGAGAACUCCAGGACUCGGGGACGAAAGACGGUGAAACGUUCGCUCUAUGUCAAGCUGAGGACGACCUUCACGUCUAGAUUCUUUCUGUGGCCUUUAGGGCUGAUGUGUCUGUUCUUCUUCACUGCUCAGUUUUCGGGGUACAAUGUCGUGGUUUAUUACUCUGUGGAGUUGCUGAUGGAAGUGACUGGACCUGAAAAUGCUCACGUCGGUACCCUAGUAGUGGACGUGAUACGGCUGGUCACUAGCGCCAUUACUUGUUACCUGAUCAAGAAGAGAAGCAGGAGGACGAUGACCUUCGUGUCUGGAUUCGGCUCGGCGAUUGCGUUGUUUCUCUUGAGCCUCUCUAUUUACUUCGAAUUUGGACAACCUUGGUGCUCGUGCGUCGCCCUGCUUUUGUACAUAGUGUUCUCGACGAUGGGUUUGUUGCCGCUGCCGUGGAUACUCACCGGCGAGCUAUUUCCUAGGAAGUUGAAAGGCUUGGGCUCUGGGAUCGCGACUGGAUUCUCAUUCAUGUCCACAUUCGCGGUGGUGAAAAUUGCGCCGGGGAUGAUUCUGUCGCUGCAGCAAUAUGGAACGUUCGCGAUUUACGGACUCGUGGCGCUGGUAGGCACUUGUAUUUUGUAUCUGACGCUGCCAGAGACGAAGGAUAAGACGUUGCAGGAGAUCGAGAUGUUUAUGGCUAGGAAGACCAACAGGGUGGACGUUAAGAGCGCUGAACAGGCGGACGAUAGAGGAAGUAAUUAGCCUCGUGGCUGUGUUCAGAGAUUUUUGAGAGAUUUUUGGCUGUACGUGUGUAGAGUUUUUGGUGGUUUGGAAUUGAAUUGAUAGGGACGAUUUAAUAAUAGGGAUGUUUGGUUAGAGAAUGUUUGUAUGUAAAGUAUGUAAAGAAUAGCAAGUGCUGUUCGAGUUGAAACUGUUUUUGUAAGUUGAUGAAGAUGGUGUCCUGUUUGGAAGAUUAAAAUGUUUAUUAGAAUUAGUCUUGUAGGGGCUCU